GACUCCGGCUCACAGACUCCUGAGCAUCAUCAGCAUCAUCGGCAGUAGCAGCAGCAGCAGGCGGGCCACACCGGGUCGGGUCGCUGCACGCUGAGAGGCAAAGCUGUCUUGGCUGAAGAGGGACGGCUCACAGUCCAGGAGGAAGAGCGGGAAGCAGAAGAAGGCUCCCGCCGCUCUGCAGGUGUCAGCCCAGGCCGAGGCCUCAUGUGGGACGCAUUUAACUGACGAGCAGAAAUCACCAGAAGAAGAAAUGAGCUUUGGUGCAGCGUGCAUUUUCCUGCGAGGAGGCAAAAACAUCUCAAGAGAGCUGGCCGAGGAUGAAAUUGAUGAGCUGCGAGACGCGUUCAACGAGUUCGACAAAGACAAAGAUGGGCUGAUCAGCUGCAAAGACCUGGGGAACCUGAUGAGGACGAUGGGCUACAUGCCCACCGAGAUGGAGCUGAUAGAACUCAGUCAGAACAUCAACAUGAACCUUGGCGGCAGAGUCGACUUUGAGGACUUUGUAGAACUGAUGGCUCCGAAGCUGCUGGCGGAGACGGCUGGGAUGAUCGGCGUGAAGGAGCUCAAAGACGCUUUCAAAGAGUUCGACAUGGACGGAGACGGAGAGAUCACGACGGAUGAGCUGCGGGCGGCCAUGAACAAGCUGAUGGGAGAGCACAUGAGCCGCAGAGAGAUCGACGCCAUAGUGAAAGAGGCGGAUGAUAACGGCGACGGGACGGUAGAUUUUGAAGAGUUUGUCAGAAUGAUGUCCGGCCAGUGAGAAUGCAGCAAGAUUUUUAUCGCAGCUUUUACGAUGAUCCUGCACAGACGGCGUCUUUCUCCGACGCUGAACCUUCAGGACAAACCAGAGAAGAAGCUCCAGUUAAUUCAGCACUGAAAAUAAAACCACAUCAACCUUUUCUCAUUAAGGAUUCUAUGCAUAACAUUGACAAUUUAAUGAAUGUAUUGAAUUGAACAGCAGAAAAUAUAUUGUUUUGUAUGCAAACUGUAAAUUAUUUCAGAUUGGUUUGAUGAAAUAGAUUAUUUUGGAAAUAAAGGCAUUACUAAUUAAAAA